AUGUUCAAACCACAAUUGGGCAGAAACAUUGAAGUCUAUAUCGAUGAUAUGGUUGUAAAGAGCAAAGUGGUUUCCGGGCAUAUGGGAGAUCUUACGAGUAUUUUUGGAAUUCUGAGAAAGCACAAGCUACGUUUGAAUGCUUCAAAGUGUUCAUUUGGAGUAAGCUCCAAAAAGUUUUUGGGAUACAUGCUGACUCACAGGGGAAUUGAGGUAAAUCCAGAUCAGAUUAAGGCCAUUAAUGGCUUACAAGCACCUCGAAACCCUAAGGAGGUGAAGAAACUGACAGGGAUGACUGCUACUUUGAACCGAUUUAUCUCUAGGUUCGCAGAUAGUCCUGAGGUGGAUGAGGUCCUGUUUGCCUACUUGGCGGUGGCCUUUCAUGCCGUAAUUUUUGUUUUGAUACGAGAAGACAGUGGCAUCCAAAGACCAAUCUAUUACCUCAAAUCCAUACUUUGGAGUGCGGAUUAUAUCGGGAGGAUUACUAAAUGGGGCACAAUUCUGGGGGCUUUUGACAUUAAAUAUAUGCCUCGUACCUCUGUGAAAGGCCAAGUCAUCGCCGAUCUAGUAGCCGAGUUUGCUGAGCUUCCAGAAGAAGCAGAAGUGAAGCAACAUGACAUGGAUGAAAAAUCGGUUGGCCUAAUCUCCACACAAGACCCCUCGUCCUGGAAAGUGUAUGUGGACGGAGCAGCAAACCAACGGGGAGCAGGAGUGGGGCUAGUUCUAGUAUCCCCUGAAAAGAUCAUCAUUGAAAAGUCCUUGAGGUUGGGAUUCUCGGCUACAAACAACGAGGCGGAAUAUGAAGUUUUGCUGAUGGGAAUGACUAUGAUCCAGAAAAUGGGUGGAAAGGUAGUGAAAAUGUUCUCAGAUUCAAGACUGAUCGUGGGACAAGUAAAGGGAGAACUAGAAGCCCGAGAUACCAGGAUGCAGGAGUAUUUGGGUCAAAUUAGGCGUAUACAAACGAAAUUUGAAUCUUUUGACUUGUCAUAUAUCCCCAAAGGUGAAAACACUCAUGCAGAUUCCUUGGCUACCCUUGCCACCUCCUCGGCACGGAAUUUGCCCCAAGUGAUAAUUAUCGAAGAUUUAUACACCCCUACCCCAACGAGAAAAGACUUGCUUCAGAUCCAUCAAGUCAACUUAGGACCGAGCUGGAUGGACCUUAUACUGCUUUUCCUCAUAAGGAAUAUAUUGCCUGGAGAUAAGUCAGAAGCUGAGAAAGUACGAAGGAAAGCUCCUCGAUUUUGGUUGUCUGAGGACAAAAAGUUAUAUAAGCGUUCUUUUUCUGAGCCAUAUCUGCUUUGUGUACAUCCCGAGAUAUCAGAGUCACUCCUAGAGGAACUACAUAAAGGAAUUUGUGGAAGUCACACAGGGGGAAGAUCUUUAUCUCACCGGGCUAUUACCCAAGGAUACUGGUGGCCAGACAUGCAAAGGAAUGCGCAAGAAUAUGUUAGAAAAUGUGAUCAGUGCCAGAGAUUUGCUCCAAACAUUCACCAGCCCAGAGGAGUCCUUAAUCCUCUAUCUAGCCCUUGGCCUUUUGCUCAAUGA